AGUGAAUUAAGUAAAGAAAGCACUCAACGACGCUGAAAAGCAAUCUUAAGGUGCGAGACACUACUUGGCUACUGUAGUUACUUUCUUCCACCUCGCUCGCCGCUUGGCCUCUGGGGAUCGAGGUGAUCUCAACUCGGCCUCUUCUUACAACAGUCUUCUGUUGCGUUUCCUUUUGGUCCCUUUCACCCACGUUUCCUCGACAAAAUGGCAACUACACUGCAAAAGCAGUUGCUCGACUCACUCAAAAGUUCUUUAGCAUCUGGCACCUAUUCCGACUUCAAAAUCACGUGCGGUAGUGAUACAUAUAAAGUACGCAAAGUCAUCGUCUGCAAUCGAGCAGGGUUUUUUGCACGUGCGGUUGGUUUUGGUGGGCAGGAAACCGAGAGCGGCAUACUCGACUUACCCGAGGAUGAGCCUGAGACUGUAAAGCUUCUCAUUCAAUAUCUGUAUGAGCGUGGAUACGAACCGCAGCUACCUCUGACUGAUGCAUCAUUUUCUAUGGUCGCCAUUUCCACGCCUGUCGAGCAUGGGAAGUCAUCAUCCAAAAAACUAGACUACCAUCUCGUCUUCCCCCAUACCUGUUACAACGAACAUGAUUAUUGUCAUAACAGUAGACUCUGUCCACACCAUUACUGCGGUCAAAAUUGCGAUUAUACAUGCAGGGGAUUUGCUUGUCCGAUCUGCGAUACUCCUGCACUCACCGGAUCGUCAUCACAACUUCUCAUAUACAGCAAAAUAUACCAAAUGGCUAACAAAUACGAAGUUGUAGGCCUGAAGGAAUUAACGAAAGAGAAGUUCAACAAAAGCUGUAGUCAUUUCUGGAACACCUCAGAUUUCCAUAUCGCAGCAAAUUAUACUUUCUCAACUACACCCGAAGGCGACGGUGGUCUAAGAGAUCUGAUUAACCAAAGCAUUGCCAAGCAUAUGGAGCUCGCUCAAGGAGCCGCGAUUAGGAAAUUGCUUACGCAAUUUAAUGGUUUGGCUUUAGGCAUCCUGAAUGCAAAAAGCGAGGAGUUGGGUUGGAAUACGAAGUCGUAAGGGCGGUCUUCACGGUUUUCACAGGACUGACUUGGAAGGCUGGCUCUGAGAGAGAGGGGACAAAAAAUCUUGAUCAAUCGGAAAAACCGGUAGAUUUGUGGAAUCGCAAGAUCUUUCCUGGCUUCGCUGCUCGUCUAGCCAGCGAAAGUAAUUUAGGCUUCCAAAAAAAAAAGGUUGGUGGUAACUACCUACUAAACAUAACGAUACUGGUGUCUUCCAAAUCUACAUGAACAAUAUCAACGUAUAAAUCUCG